AUGGCAAGGAAAAAAAAUCCAGGAACAGUUGUUUACCUUGAGUUGGAUCCUGUUGGGAAAUUCAAAUAUGUGUUCAUCGCAUUUGGACAUUCGAUUAGAGGUUUUUCUUUAAUGAGAAGAGUGAUUGUUGUUGAUGGUACAUUUCUAAAAGAAAACUAUAAGGGAACUUUGCUAGCAAGUACUGCACAAGAUGGAGAUUUUCACUUAUAUCCGAUAGCAUUUGCAAUUGUUGAUUCAGAAAAUGAUAUUGCAUGGAAUUGGUUCUUUAGGUGUUUGCUCUCUAUCAUCCCUAAUGAACCAGAUUUGGUAUUUGUUUCUGACCAUGCUCAAUCCAUUGAAAAAGCAAUUUCAGAAUUGUAUCCAGCAUCCCAUCAUGGCAUUUGCAAAUUUCAUCUCCAAAACAACAUCAAAGUAAAGUUCAGGAGUAAAAGCUUCUUGCCUCUUGUCGAAGCAGCAGCUAAUGCUUAUACGUUUCAGGAAUUUGAAGUUGCUUUUAGGGAUAUACAAAAUUAUAAUCCAAAACUGGCCAAAUAUUUAGAAGAGGCUGAUUUCAGGAAGUGGGCUCGUGGUUAUGCACCAUCUAACUACUACAAUAUUAUGACAACCAACAUUACUAAGUCAUUGAAUUCUAUGUUAAAUGAUCCUCGGGAGCUACCAGUGAUUUCACUUCUUGAGACAAUUAGGUUAACCCUUACAACAUGGUUUAAUGAGCGACAGGAAAAAGCUGUCAAGCACAACAAGUGUGCUACACCAAAUGUUACAAAGGAGAUAUUAUUAAGCUUCAAUGAUGCAAUGAAAUAA